AUGAUCAUGAAGUCGCUCCUUGUCCCGGCCCUCGCAUCCCUCGCUUGCGCGGAGAGCUCGGUGACCUCCAUGUUCCUGCCUGGCUUCGACCAGCUGAGUAUUGUCGCCUCAAUCGCGGGGAAUGACGCGACCGCCACCACGUACAGCAUGACCUGCCCGGCCCCGUACGACAACGAGGAGGACUGCGGCAUGGGCUCUGGUAUGACCGUUGUCAAGGCUGGCAGUGCCAUGACGUACCAGAUGGACGAGGGAGAGAACUACCACUUCACUGGCCAAUGUACCAUCGACGGAACCAUUGCUGCGUGCGCUCUCACCGCGUCCGGCUCAGGCGAGGGUCUUCCAGCGUCUCGGACCUACAGAACGUAUGCCAAAUAUAUGCCGGUGACCAUCACCGCCGGUUCCGUCACCGAUGCCGGAGCGACCUCGACGGCCGAGGCUUCAAGUACCGCUAGCCAGGCAUCAAAAACUGCGACCGAGAGCGCCAAAGAGACAACGGAGGCGACGGGCGCAGAAGCUACUCCUACCGGGGCUGCUUCUCAAGUGACAGGUGUCGCCGGUGUUAUGUUCGGGGGAGCCGCCGUGGCGUUGAUGGCGGCGGUACUAUAG